AUGAGCCUGGACGACGUGCGGCUGCGGUGGCUACGGGACAGAGCGCUCUCCCUGCUGGGUCUGAGCGAUCCGGCGCCUUUCGAGGAGCUGCUGAGCCGCGGCGAGGAUGCGCGGCUGGUGCUGCGCUUCUUCGGCCUUGUUGCCGAGGGCGGCGAGGAUGCGAGCGGGGCGGGCACGGCGCUGCUGCUGCUGCGGGCCGAGCGGCCCGGCCCGGCCGGUGGCACGAGUGAGCGUUUCUGUGUGGCUUUUAAUGAAAUUCCCGAAGAGUUUGUGUCAAAUUCUACUGUGUAUUUUCUGAGAGACACCAAAGAACAUCUUAAACUGGAGAUGCCCACUGUAAAUCUAGAUAGAGAAGUGGCAGUUCUUGCCACAGUUCCAGGAGUGGUUCAGUCUCUGAAACGUUGUGCAAUGACCUGGCAGAAAUUAAUAUCUGGAGUUCUGAAGGAACAACUGGAAAAGGUUCCACAGGGUGAUGGUCCACUUGCAGAGAUUAACCUCUGGCAUGAAAAUAAUGCUACUUUAAGGGCUCUUACUGAACAGCUAAAGCUUCCAGAGGUGCAAAAAGUCUUGGAAAUACUACAGGAAGCUGAAUCUGAGUUUACUGGAGGUUUACAGAUAGUCUUAAGUGACCUCAAAAAGCAUCACAUGGAAGCUCAAGAUAAUGCUAAGUUUCUCUCAACUCUCGAACGCCAUUUGAAGAAUUUAUCAACUGGCACUGGGGUUGAUGUUAUCUCCAAUGCCAUCCCUUCCCUGCUGAAUGCCCUGAGGCUGGUGUGGAUCAUGUCACGGCACUACAACGAGGAUGCACGCAUGGUGCCCUUCUUGGAACGAAUUUCCUGGGAGAUUUCCCAAAGAGUGCGCAGAGUUGUGGACCUGCAAACUCUCUUUAAACAAGACACAACUGCUGCAAAAAAGAAAAUAACAGAAGCCAAAAACACUCUUGAACAAUGGAAAAAAUGUUAUUUUACUACUUGUAUCCAAGUUGAAGAGUCAGGAAGUAAGCGCUACUGGAAAUUUGAUGUGAAACGUUUAUUUGAAAAAACAGAUUAUAUGGUUUCAAUCUGUCAAGAUCUGUAUUAUAUUUUUCAGGUCGCUGAAGAGCUUCACAAUAUAUUUAUUCCUGAACUGAUAACUGUGACAGAAAAUCCAAAGGGUGUUGAUGAACUACAGAGAGAAGUAAAUAUAGUGAUUAGUCCUAUGGAAGACCUGACCUUUGACCCUUUGAGCAUGGAAAAUGCACGUGACUGGGCAUUCGUUAUGGAAGAAUUUAGAGAAGAUGUUGUGGAUAUUGAAGAAAAGAUGACAAGAUUUAUUGAUGAAUCUUUUACAACCCUUCGAUCAGCAGAAACUGCUUUUGACAUGCUGUUAAAGUACAAACGUCUCCAGAUUCCUGAAACUAUUAAUAAGCAGUUCAUGAAAAAGUUCAGUGUUGUUUUGGAGCAAUAUUGCAAAGAGGUCGAAAUUGUUAAGCAAAUCUUUGUUGAGAACCUCAAGGAUCCACCUCUGUACAAGAACCAUCCUCCAGUGGCUGGAGCAAUAUCCUGGUCCCGAUCCCUUUCCCAUCGGAUCCGACACACCAUUACUCGAUUCCAAGAAGAAGAGGAGUUGCUUGUCUCUAAACGUGGACAGGAAGUGCAACAAAUAUAUCUCCAAGUGACCAAGAAAAUGGAGGAGUAUGAAGCUCAAAAAUACCGUCAGUGGAGAGAGAGGGCUGAACACGUGCUUCCAUUGCUACUGAAAGAUACUCUACUGACUCUUAGCUCUGCAACAGACGAGCCUGUCACCAUCAGGAAAAGUGUCCGCUUCGCUCUGAAUUUUUCUCCUGAAAUCCAAGAGAUUAUCACUGAAACCAAGUACAUGGAGCAGCUAGGGCUGCCAGUCCCAGAAAUGGCAAGAUAUGUGGCAUUACAGGAAGACAAAUACCUUAGGUACACAAAUAAAUUGAAAAUCAUGCUGAGUCGCUAUCACAAAUUAAUGGAGAUGAUGAAUGAAGCAGAAACCAAACUUCUUGAUCACUAUGUCAAAGAACUCUGGAGAAUAUUGAAAGCAGGACACAAAAGACUCACGUGGAAGUCCGUAGGUAUUGGUGAAUUUAUUGUCCAGUGUACACAAACCAUUGGGAGAUUAGAGUUACUUGUCCAUCAGGUUCAUCAUAUUUCUGAAGACAUAAGCAGCAAACUUUGGUCCAUAGAAUCAACAAAUCUGUUUAAGUUUCCACAUUCAAAAAAUGGUGACAAACGUCCUGAAGCAAAGGAAUUUUUUGACUAUGUUAAGUGUGAGCAAGCAAAAGAUGUGGAACAACUGGUUAGAAAGUAUUCUGCAAUUCCACAAUUGCUAAUAGAGGUGGAAAGACGAGUUGCCUAUACAGACAGUGGCAAAUCUCCAAAAUUAGCUUCCUAUUAUGCAUAUUGGGAAAAUAGGAUUUAUCAGGUGUUGACACAGUUAAUUGUGAAGAAUUUACAGGCUUUUAAUGCAACUGUUCUUGCAAAUGUGCCACUGUUACAAAUAGAAGCUGUUUUGUCUGUUCCUGAGAUAACCCUGCAACCUAAUGCCAGUGAGAUUGAAAAAAUGACUAUGCAAUCUAUCCAAGACUGUGUUGAGAUCACUAAGCACUUCAUACGAUGGAUGCACGGUACGUGUAUUGAGUGCCCUCCUCAGCACGUCAGGGUGGAUGAAGUUGUCACUUUCAGCUUUUACAGUGAUGUCUCCCAGAGCCCUCUGGUAAUUGAACAGGCUGUUCUCAUCACUCAGAAUGUCCAAAACCUCCUGGCAUCUCUCAGGAAGUGUUUGAACCAAUGGAAUAAGUAUGACCUGCUGUGGAAAUCAGACAAAAGUGCAGUCCUGGACCGUUUAGCUGCAGAAAAGCCUCGCUAUGUUGUCUUUGAUGAGCACUUGCAGUUCUAUAUGAAGGUAGCUCAGGAAGUGACUCAAUGUCCCUUGAUUAAAGAUGAACAAUUUAUCAGGCUUCAGCUGGCUCCUUUAGCCUCUGCAGUGCAGGAGAAUGCUAAAAGCUGGAUGAUGUCACUUGGGAAGUUACUUAAUAAAUUAGCAAGGGAGGAACUCUUCAGCCUUCAAGAUGAGAUUCAGAAAUUAUCAGAGAAUCUGAAUAGACCCCCUGAAACCCUGGAUGAUCUCAGAGUUGUCCUGAGUGCAUUUGGAGUGAUCAGAGACAUUGCUGUUGAGGUGGAACUGAGAUACUUGGACAUUGGGGAGAGAUACAGAACUCUUGCAUUGUACAAUAUUCCAGUGACAGAGCAACAAAUUGCGGACUACAGCAAAGAGACAGAAGAUUUUUUACAGAAACUCUUGACUGAGGGGCCUGGUGUUGUUGAGGAUGACCUUGAUAAAGGACUAGAACUCAUGGCUAUGUUUGAAAAAGAAUUAGAGAAAUUGGAAGAAAGGCAGCGGGAACUGGGCAGUGCUGAGAAACUUCUGGGCUUGCCAGGAACAGUGUACCCAAACUUAAUAAAAGCCCAGCAAGAUGCAAAAGCUAUGAAGCAAGUCUAUGACAUUUAUGCAGAACAAAAAGCAGCUAAAGAGAAAUGGUCUCAGACACUCUGGAUAAACCUCAAUGUCAAGGUUCUUCAGGAUGGAACCGAAGGAUUUCUGAAAGCUGUUCGGAAGCUGCCCAGACAAGUGCGUGGCAUGGCAAUAUGUAAGCAACUGGAUAAAAAACUGAAGGCUUUUCUAAACUCCAUUCCUUUGCUGCUUGAUUUGAAAAAUGAAGCUUUAAGAGAAAGACAUUGGGAAGACCUUAUGGAGAAAACAGGAACAAGGUUUGAAAUGAAAACAGAAACAUUCACUUUGGAAAAUAUGUUUGCCAUGGAACUUCACAAACACACCGUAGUUAUCAGUGAUAUAGUUGGAACUGCUAUUAAAGAACUUGGCAUUGAGAAGGGAAUUAAGGAAAUAAUAGAAACGUGGGAAAACAUGAAAUUCCCUGUAGAAGUGUACACCAAAGGCACCGAGACACGAGGCUUUAUUCUGGGAUCUGUAGAGGAAAUUUUAGAGACUCUUGAUGACAACAAUGUCAAUCUUCAGAGUGUUUUGGGCAGUCGCUUUGUGGGUCCUUUUCUUUCAACUGCUCAAAAAUGGGAAAAAACUCUGUCAUUGAUUAGUGAAGUAAGCGAGAUCUGGAUAUCAGUUCAGAGAAAAUGGAUGUACCUGGAGAGCAUUUUUGUUUCUGGAGAUAUCAGAUCACAGCUUCCAGAAGAAGUCAAGAUAUUUGACCGUGUAGACCAAAUGUUUAAACAGAUAAUGGAAGAAACUGUAAAAGACCCAAUAAUAAAAAAUUGCUGUGAAGUCCCAAAUCGUCUGUCAGACCUCCACCAUAUAAACAAUGUGCUGGAGAAAUGCCAGAAAAGCUUGAACGAUUAUUUGAAUUCCAAGAGAAAUGCUUUCCCGAGAUUUUUCUUUAUAUCUGAUGAUGAAUUGCUCAGUAUCCUUGGCAGCAGCAGUGCACUCUGUGUACAGGAGCACAUGAUAAAGAUGUUUGAUAAUGUAGCCUCGCUGAGGUUCAGGGACGGUGACAAUGACGAGAAGAUUGCCACAGCCAUGAUCUCAGCUGAGGGGGAGGUGAUGGGCUUCCGGCAGGACGUCCCUGCUGUGGGCAGAGUGGAGAACUGGAUGACAGUAGUGCUGGAGGAAAUGAGACGGACCAACCGACGCCUCACCAAGGAAGCCAUUUUUCGAUAUUGUGAAGACAGAAGCAGGGUUGAUUGGAUGUUGCUCUUCCAAGGCAUGAUGGUGCUUGCUGCUAAUCAAGUGUGGUGGACUUGGGAGGUAGAGGAUGUCUUUCGGAAAGUGAAAAUGGGAGAAAAGCAGGCAAUGAAAUUUUAUGCUAAAAAAAUGCAUAAGCAAAUUGAUGAUCUGGUUACCCGCAUUAUGACGCCCUUGAGCAAAAAUGACAGGAAAAAAUACAACACUGUUCUCAUCAUCGACGUGCACGCCAGAGACAUCAUCGAUAUAUUCGUCAGAGACAGCAUUCUGCAGGCUCAGGAGUUCGAGUGGGAGAGCCAGCUGCGGUUUUACUGGGAGCGCGAGCCGGACGAGCUGAUGGUGCGGCAGUGCACCGGCGCCUUCUGCUACGGCUACGAGUACAUGGGGCUCAACGGGCGGCUCGUCAUCACCCCGCUCACCGACCGCAUCUACCUCACCCUCACACAGGCUCUGUCGAUGUUUUUGGGAGGAGCACCAGCAGGGCCAGCGGGUACAGGGAAGACAGAAACAACCAAGGAUCUGGCCAAAGCACUGGGCUUGUUGUGCAUAGUGACAAACUGUGGAGAAGGCAUGGACUUCAAAGCAAUGGGUAAAAUUUUCUCAGGCCUCGCCCAGUGUGGUGCAUGGGGAUGCUUUGAUGAAUUCAAUCGCAUCGACGCUUCCGUGCUUUCAGUCAUUUCUUCCCAGAUUCAGACGAUCCGAAAUGCUUUAAUGAAUGGGUGGAAAAGAUUUCAGUUUGAAGGACAGGAGAUUUCCCUUGACAGCCGUAUUGGCAUUUUCAUUACAAUGAAUCCUGGUUAUGCUGGUCGGACUGAGCUCCCUGAGUCUGUAAAAGCUCUCUUCAGGCCUGUGGUUGUUAUUGUACCAGAUCUUCAGCAGAUCUGUGAAAUAAUGCUGUUUUCUGAAGGCUUCCUUACAGCAAAGGUCCUUGCCAAAAAGAUGACAGUGCUGUACAAGUUGGCAAGGGAACAGCUUUCUAAACAACAUCACUAUGAUUUUGGACUGCGGGCCCUUAAGUCAGUGUUGGUAAUGGCUGGAGAAUUGAAAAGAGGAUCAGCAGACCUCGAUGAGGAUGUUGUACUAAUGAGAGCUCUGCGAGAUAUGAAUCUUCCUAAAUUUGUGUUUGAAGAUGUACCUCUCUUCCUUGGCCUAAUCUCUGACCUGUUUCCUGGCCUGGAUUGCCCUCGAGUCCGCUACCCUGACCUUAAUGAUGCUGUAGAACAAGUGCUGGAAGAACGGGGUUAUGUUGUUCUGCCAGUCCAGGUGGAUAAAGUAGUUCAGAUGUAUGAGACAAUGUUAACUCGUCACACUACAAUGGUGGUUGGACCUACUGGAGGUGGCAAGACAGUUGUUAUUAAAACCUUGUGCCAGGCCCAAAACAAGCUGGGAUUAUUGACAAAGCUUUACACACUGAACCCUAAAGCUAUGAGUGUGAUUGAGCUGUAUGGGAUCCUUGACCCUGUCUCACGAGACUGGACAGAUGGAGUCCUGUCAAACAUUUUUCGGGAUAUCAACAGACCCACUGACAAGAAAGAGCGAAGGUACAUUCUCUUUGAUGGAGAUGUGGAUGCUCUGUGGGUUGAAAACAUGAAUUCUGUCAUGGAUGACAACAAGUUACUGACCCUGGCAAACGGGGAGAGGAUUAGGCUUCAGGCACACUGUGCUCUGCUGUUUGAGGUUGGAGACUUACAGUAUGCAUCUCCUGCCACAGUAUCCCGCUGUGGAAUGGUUUUUGUAGAUCCUAAAAAUCUGAGAUAUGAGCCCUACUGGCAAAAGUGGGUUAAAAGAAGAGAAAAUGAGGAAGAGAAAGUGGAAUUAGAUCGUCUCUUUCAAAAGUACGUGCCUUACCUUAUUGAUAUGAUUAUAGAGGGAAUUGUGGAUGGCAAACAGGAACGAAAGCUGAAGACCAUUAUUCCUCAAACAGAUCUAAAUAUGACCGUGCAGUUGACUGUGAUGCUGGAUGCUCUACUUGAACAGCCUGAAAAUCCUGAUGUUCUGGAGUGUAUUUUCUUGGAAGCUUUGUAUUGCUCCUUAGGUGCUUCUCUUCUUGAUGCUGGGAGAAUUAAAUUCGAUGAAAACGUUAAACGUAUUUCCUGCAUGACUAUUGUUCAGGGUGAGGACGUGCUGGCUAAGCCAGGGGAGCUGCCAGGUCAGCUGUCAACUUUGUAUGACUUCCAUUUUGAUGUAUCUCAAAAAAAGUGGGUACCUUGGAUGCAACUUGUUCCUGAGUAUAUUCAUGAUCCUGAAAGGAAAUUUCUUGACAUUCUAGUGCCCACAGUGGAUACCACACGCACUGCUUGGUUACUGGGACAGAUGGUAAAAGUGAAACGUCCAGUUGUUCUUGUAGGUGAAUCGGGUACAUCUAAGACAGCAACUACACAGAACUUCCUAAGCAAUCUGGACAAAGACCUUAAUCUGGUGCUGGUAAUUAACUUCUCUUCUCGUACAACAUCCAUGGACAUUCAGAGAAACCUGGAGACAAACGUAGAAAAACGAACUAAGGACAGUUUUGGCCCUCCCAUGGGAAAACGUCUCCUUGUGUUCAUGGAUGAUAUGAAUAUGCCAAGGGUUGAUGAGUAUGGCACACAACAACCCAUUGCCCUGCUGAAGCUGCUGCUAGAGAAAGGUUUCAUGUACGAUCGUGGUAAAGAGAUGAACAUUAAAUUUCUUCGAGACCUGGGUUUUGUUGCUGCCAUGGGCAAAGCUGGAGGAGGUCGGAAUGAAGUUGACCCUCGAUUCACCUCACUCUUCAGUGUUUUUAACGUCCCUUUUCCUUCUGAGCAAUCACUGAAUUUGAUCUACUUCUCCAUCCUGAAAGGCCACACUGCGAACUUUAAUGAGUCCAUAUCAGCCAUCUCUGACAAGAUCACUCAGUGUACUUUGGAACUUUAUAAAAGGAUUGUUACUGACCUGCCGCCUACUCCUUCCAAAUUCCACUACAUUUUUAACCUGCGAGAUCUUUCCAGGGUCUAUAAUGGACUUGUUCUUACAGAUGCAGAAAGGUUUCACACAGUGACCCAGAUGGUGAGAGUUUGGAGAAAUGAGUGCCUGAGGGUUUUCCAUGACAGGCUGAUUAAUGAAGCAGACAAAGAAUUGGUACAAGGCCAUAUAAAAACCCUGGUUGAAGAGCAUUUCGCUGAUCACUUGGAGCACGUCAUGAGGGAUCCGAUUCUUUUUGGAGAUUUCAGAACAGCACUGAAUGAGGCAGAACCUCGUAUUUAUGAAGAUAUCCAAGAUUAUGAAUUAGCAAAAGCUCUCUUUAAGGAAAUUUUGGAUGACUACAACGAGUACCAUAUUAAAAUGAAUCUGGUUCUUUUUGAUGAUGCUCUGGAGCAUUUAAUCCGCAUCCAUCGCAUCAUCCGGAUGGACCGCGGGCACGCCCUGCUCAUCGGAGUGGGAGGCUCAGGAAAGCAGUCCCUGACCAAACUGGCUGCUCACACAGCUGGAUGUGAGGUAUUUGAGAUCAUCUUGAGUCGAGGAUACGGAGAAAAUAAUUUCCGAGAAGAUUUGAAAAGUUUGUACGAGAAGCUGGGUAUUUAUGACAAGUCAGUGGUCUUCUUGUUUACAGAUGGCCAUGUGGCAGAAGAGAGUUUCCUGGAACUCAUCAACAACAUGUUGACUUCAGGAAUGGUGCCAGCCCUUUAUGCAGAUGAUGAAAAAGACUCCAUACUAACUCAGAUUGGAGAAGAAGCUGCUAAAGCUGGCAUGGGCCCAGCUAAAGAGAGUAUCUGGCAGUAUUUUGUAAGCAAAUGUGCAAGCAACCUUCACAUUGUCCUGGGAAUGUCCCCAGUUGGGGAGGACCUGAGAACGUGGUGCAGGAAUUUCCCAGGUCUUGUCAACAACACUGGUAUUGACUGGUUCUUGCCCUGGCCUGCCCAGGCCUUGUGUGCAGUUGCUCAGUCCUUUCUGGCAAAAAACCCACGCAUCCCACCAGAGAGCUUCCAGUCAGUGAUUGACCACAUAGUCAUGGUGCAUGAAUCUGUAGGGGAUUUCAGCAAGAAAUUUCUGGAGAAACUGAGACGUAGAAAUCAUGUCACACCAAAAAAUUAUCUUGAUUUUCUCAAUACCUAUGCAAAGCUGCUGGAUGAGAAAAAUGAGUUCAUUUUAGCACAAUGUAAACGGCUGGAUGGGGGCUUGGUUAAACUGAAGGAAGCUGCUGUGCAGCUGGCUGAGCUGAACGUGAAACUUGCUGAGCAGAAGAUUAUACUAACAGAAAAAACAGCUGCUUGUGAGGCUUUGUUAAGAGACAUUAAAUUAAACACAGAAAUAGCUGAGGAGAAGAAAAAAAUGGGUGAAGAGAAAGCUAUAGAGAUACAGGAGCAGAAUGAGAUCAUUGCUGUGGAGAAGGCAGAGGCUGAGGCAGCACUGGAUCAAAUCAAGCCUAUCAUGGAAGCUGCCAAACGGGAGGUUGAAAAGCUUGACAAGGCUGAAGUUACUGAACUCAGGUCCUUUGCAACACCCCCGAAGCAGGUGCAGGUUGUUCUGGACUGUAUUCUUAUAAUGAGAGGUUACAAAGAACAAAACUGGAAGAAUGCCAAAGCAAUGAUGGCUGACACAAAUUUCCUGCGACUUCUGUUGACGACAGAUUUUAGGGAAAUUCCAUGGAGCAAUGUGAAAGCCAUGAGAGCUCUCUUAAAGAAUCUUAACACUACCUGGGCUGAAAUGGAAGUUAUCAGCAGAGCAGGACUGGGAAUGUUAAAGUUUGCUGAAGCAGUGGUGACCUACUGUGAUGUAGUUAAAACAGUCAAGCCAAAGGAAGAAAAGGUGGCCAGGCUGGAGCGGAACUAUGAAUUAAGUAAGCGGGAACUGGAAAGGAUACAGGCAGAGCUGGCUGCCAUUCAGGAGGAGCUUAAAGCUUUGGGGGAAAAAUUAGACCAGACAUUAAAAGAAAAUAAAAAGUUACAAGAAGAAGCAGAGAUAAUGCAGAGAAGAUUAGAGGCUGCUGAUAAGCUCAUCGCUGGCUUGAAAUCUGAGAAUGAGAGGUGGACAGAGGAAUUCAAGGAAUUAGAAAUACGGAAGGUGAAGUUACUUGGAGAUUGUUUACUUGCUGCUGCCUUUCUGUGCUAUGUGGGAGCCUUCAGCUGGGAGUUCCGUCAUGAAAUGCUCUAUCAAGUGUGGCAGGAAGAUAUUUUCUCACGAGAAAUUCCUGUCAGCCAACCAUUUAAGCUGGAAAGCCUCCUGACCGAUGAGGUGGAGGUUAGCAGGUGGGUUUCUGAAGGAUUGCCCCCAGAUGAGCUGUCUGUCCAGAAUGGCAUCCUGACAACGUAUUCCAGCCGCUUCCCACUCUGUAUUGACCCACAGCAGCAGGCAUUACAUUGGAUUAAGAAGAAGGAAGAAAAAAAUAACCUGAAGAUGGCUUCCUUUAAUGACCCAGAUUUCCUGAAACAACUAGAACAGGCCAUAAAGUAUGGAACCCCUUUCCUGGUGCACAGUGUUGAUGAAUACAUCGACCCUGUGAUAGACAAUGUCUUAGAGAAGAAUGUCAAAGUUGCACAGGGGCGAGCAUUCAUUGUGCUGGGGGACAAAGAGGUUGACUAUGACAGUAAUUUUAAAAUGUACCUGAACACCAAAUUAGCAAACCCAAAGUAUUCUCCCUCUGUGUUUGGCAGAGCUAUUGUUAUCAAUUAUACAGUUACACUCAAGGGCCUGGAGGAUCAGCUGCUCAGUGUCAUUACGGGUUUUGAAAGGAGGGAAUUGGAGGAACAGAGAGAACGUCUCAUCAAAGAGACAAGUGAAAAUAAAAACCUGCUGAAAAAUCUGGAAGACACUCUCCUUCAUGGACUGUCAACUUCCACAGGCAACAUGUUGGACAAUGUGGAAUUGGUGGAAACCUUGGAGAACACAAAAUUCAAAGCUACUGAGGUGAUUGAGAAACUGAAGCUGGCUGAGACGACCGCAGCGGAUAUCGACCUUCUCCGAGAUGGCUACAGACCAGCUGCCAAGAGGGGAGCCAUUCUCUUCUCUGUGCUGGCUGAAUUGGCAUUUGUCAACAUCAUGUACCAGUUCUCACUGGUUUCCUUCUUAGAGGUUUUUGGAUUCUCUCUUCGGAAAUCCAUGCCCAGUCCUAUUCUUCCUAAGAGGUUAAAAAACAUCAUGGAUACACUGACUUUGAGCACCUACAACUAUGGCUGCACAGCCUUGUUCGAGAAGCACAAGUUACUGUUCUCCUUUGAUAUGACUGUCAAGAUAGAACAAGCUGAAGGCCGAGUUCCACAAGAAGAAUUUGAUUUCUUUUUGAAAGGCAAUAUUUCCCUGGAGAAGAGUGCCCGAAAGAAACCGUUUGCUUGGCUGCCAGAUCAAGGCUGGGAAGACCUGAUUCGCCUGUCUGAGCUGUUUCCUGAGAAAUUUGAAUAUCUUCCAGAUGAUGUGGAAGACAAUCCAGACGUAUGGAAAAAUUGGUAUGACACAGAUGCUCUGGAGCAGAUCCCAUUGCCAAUGCACUAUGAGGGCAACGUCACAGACUUCCAGAAGCUUCUCCUGCUGCGGUGUUUCCGCGUGGACCGGAUGUACCGGGCGGUGAUGGACUAUGUGACAGUGACCAUGGGCGAGACGUACGUGCAGCCCCCCGUGAUCAGCUUCGAUGACAUCCUGCAGCAGAGCAGCCCUUUCUCACCUGUGGUUUUUAUCCUAAGUCCUGGCUCUGAUCCUGUCAAUGACCUCAUGAAACUGGCUGAGAGAACAGAUUUUAAAGCAGAUAGACUCAAAUUCCUGGCCAUGGGACAAGGCCAAGAAGAGAUCGCUUUGCAGUUGCUGGAGGAAUCAGUGGUUCAUGGACAUUGGCUCAUGUUGCAGAACUGUCACCUUUUGGUGAAGUGGCUCAUCCAUCUGGAAAAGGCUGUGGAGAAAAUUACAGAUCCUCAUGAAGACUUUCGCCUCUGGCUGACGACUGACCCAACUGAAGGCUUCCCAAUUGGAAUCCUGCAGAAGGCCUUGAAGGUUGUUACAGAACCACCUAAUGGUCUGAAACUGAAUAUGAGAGCCACCUACUUCAAAAUUCCCCCAGAAGCCUUAGAGCAGUGCCCACAUCCUGCCUUUAAAUCCUUGGUCUAUGUCUUGGCAUUUUUCCAUGCUGUGGUUCAGGAGAGAAGGAAGUUUGGGAAGGUUGGCUGGAAUGUGCCGUACGAUUUUAACGAAUCUGAUUUCCAGGUGUGCAUGGAAAUCCUUAACACAUACUUGACAAAAGCUUUUGAACAAAAGGAUGAUCAAAUCCCUUGGAACAGUCUCAAAUAUCUUAUUGGGGAGGUCAUGUAUGGAGGGCGUGCCAUCGACAGCUUUGACCGGCGCAUCCUGACCGUCUACAUGGAUGAGUACCUCGGGGAUUUCCUGUUUGACACAUUCCAAGUGUUCCAUUUUUAUAAAAGCGACACAGUCGAUUAUAAAAUUCCACCAGGGAAGGGAAAAGAUGAUUUUGUUGAGGCCAUCGAAGCUCUGCCACUUUCCAACACCCCCGAGGUCCUGGGCCUUCACGCCAACGCCGAGAUCGGGUAUUACACACACGCAGUGCGGGACAUGUGGGUUCACCUGCUCGAGCUGCAGCCCCAGACUGGUGAAACUGGUGCAGGAAUUAGUCGAGAUGAAUACAUUGCAAAUGUUGCCAAGGAUAUAGAAAACAAAUUACCUCAAGUAUUUGAUCUUGACCAGAUACGUAAAGGAUAUGGAGUAAACAUUGCCCCUACGACUGUGGUGCUGCUGCAGGAGCUGGAACGUUUCAAUAAGCUCAUCGUUCGGAUGGGAAAGUCCUUGGCUGAGCUGCAACGUGCCUUGGCUGGGGAAGUUGGAAUGAGCAGUGAACUGGAUGAUGUGGCUCAGGCCCUCUUCAAUGGGCAGAUUCCUGGGAUCUGGCGGCGGCUGGCCCCUGACACCCUCAAAACACUUGGAAAUUGGAUUAUUUUCUUCAGAGCUCGAUAUGACCAGUACACCAGCUGGAUCAGCGAGGGUGAGCCUGAGGUGAUGUGGCUGUCGGGCCUGCACAUUCCUGAGUCCUACCUGACUGCUCUUGUUCAAGCCACCUGCAGGAAAAACAGGUGGCCCCUGGAUCACUCCACCCUCUACACAGAGGUAACCAAGUACAGGAAAGCAGAAGACAUCACUGAAGGGGCUGCUCAGGGCUGCUAUGUUUCUGGUUUGUUCCUGGAAGGAGCAGACUGGGACAUCGAGCAGGGCUGUCUCAUCCAGAGCAAGCCCCGUGUCCCGGUGGUGGAGCUGCCCAUCCUGAAGAUCAUCCCCAUAGAAGCACACAGACUCAGGCUGCAGAACACGCUCCGGACCCCGGUGUACACGACCUCCAUGCGCCGCAACGCCAUGGGCUUCGGCCUGGUCUUUGAAGCUGACCUCUACACUACCAGGCACAUUUCCCACUGGGUCCUCCAAGGCGUGUGUCUCACCCUCAAUGCUGAAUGA